AUGCUAGACCUCAUCCCCCGCGAGAUUUUGAGUGCAAUUAUUGAUCAGGUCUUACAUCUCACUGCACGCGGUUCUCUGAUCAGUCGGGUUUCCAAGAAACUCUAUGCUCUUGUUCUUCCCACCUUGUACGAGUCAAUUACAAUAACCUCUAGAGAUGAGUCUAAUUUGGAGCAAACGGAUAUUGAUAAAUUUCUACGUACUGCCAAUCGAGACUACUUCAAAACUAUGAAAAGUAUCUCGUUCCUCGCACCGAUACAAACAAACGACCAGUUUCGUUGUAUCCACUUCAAACUCCUCGAGACAGAUCGAGAGGCUCUAGAUGACAGAGAUGACUCACUUAUGUCGAAAAUUGAUAGCCUUGGGGACUUGAUGCCCCAGAUCAGGCCUCUGUUUCAAGGUUUACAAGACAACCUUCUAAGAAGCUUUCAUUGGCAUCUUGGUACUUGCAUCCCUAAGGAUAUCCUUGGCCCAGGUGGAUACUUGCCCACAAGGCAACGCGGAAUCGAAGACUUGUCCUUGAUAACAGGUGAUCCCUGCAUCCUACCGAAGAAAGAUUGGGAGUAUCAAAUAACUCUCACCGAAUUCAAGUCGCUAAAGAAAUUCUCCUGGUCUGGUGGGCUUUCGAGGGAAUACUUUACUGCCCUUCGAGAUAUGUUACGCUCUCAAUCAACCAACCUCGAAGUUCUCAAAAUUGAUCUCAUUGACUGGUGGGAUGCGCAAUGGAACUGGUGUGCUGAUGACUACGAGUUGCAACUUUGGAUCAGAGAUCACAACUUCUUCGGAGAAAGAGUGUUGGGACUUGCUCCAGGCGAAACGCCAUUGCCAUUCUCUACUCUGAAGUCCCUAUCAUUUUCCUCUGUCAAUUUCCACGAUGUGGGUCUGGAAAUAGCACAACUGUUUAAUAUAGGCAGGCUGCAUUCUCUAAACUUACGGGAUUGUCCUCAUUCUGGGUCACUGCUCAGGAAGGUAGUGGAGUCGGGCGAACCUAUAAAUCUUCGUUCCCUCGAGCUGGUAAUACAACACAACAGCAAUGAUUCAUAUCGUAAAGAAGUGGACGAAGACUGGAUUGCUCCCUUCCUCGAUUCAUUCGAAGGUCUCAGGAAACUUCAUCUUCUUGUUUUGAAUGGCAAGGGCGUUGCGACCACGCAUCGAUACUGGCCUUCCAUAUUCCACCACAAGAAAACUUUGACAAGGCUUGUCUAUCACGAGCAACGCAUUGAUUUCGAUUUGUUGGAUUGCAACACAGAUAUGGACAACGAUAAGAUUCUAGAUCUUUUUACGCAGAUGAAUCUUGCGUGUAUCGGACUCUGCCUUUCUCCUCUUAUACCGACGGUUACACUGGAGCAACUCAGCACUCUUAAAUUCCUCUGCCUUCGAACCACUUUGAACUCAGAGCUCGAACACCCUGUCGAGUCUAUCGUUGAUGAAACUAGCACCAUUUAUGCAUUUGCAACAUGGGCAUUUCAUACGUUCCCUAACCUUCUCUUUAUCGCAUUCGGCGAUUUUUCCUAUGGCCGUCGAUCUGCAUUGAAUCAAGAGAUUCUUCACAGAUACCCUUUCCCUGGUGUGGAAAGCAAUAGCGAAUCUUCUAACCUCCGGCCAGUCGAAUCUCAGAAUCAAACUCGGUUCCUCGAUGGGUUCCGGCAAUUGCAUCCCAGGGACUUUAGAUAUUCGGGCCAUCUUGAGCAAUUCCGAGAUGUGCUGGAGGCUUGCCCAGCAGAUCCUCUUUAUAGGAAAGAUUUCUAA